UCCAUACAGUGAUCUGCCUCCGUAAGCGCUUGUGGGACAGCCAGACGGGGCAGGUGGGGGGGUUCCACCUGCUGAAUGAACGCGGUCAGUAUUGGGGAGUACCAUGGGCUGCGGGUGGGCUCGGCCCUGCUCAGUAUUGUAGCAGGUUGUAUCAUCAUUGGCGUGUCAAAGGACUGUGAUGCAGAUGCUGUAGGAGGCAUUUUCCUCGGGGCAGGGGGGCUUGGUCUCCUCAUUUCCAUCUACCCGUUUAUAAGAGCAUGGCUCAACUUCCAUCACAUACUGCCCAACAUAGGCAACUUCAGAGUGCACCCAAUGGCUACAAAUUUAAAUCCGGCCCCUGAACAGCCGGCCACACUCACACGAGAGGGGACUCAAAGCCAACUUAAUGUAGAACGUUCGAAGAGCCGGAUGGGGACAUUUGUGGAGACAGCAGCUCCUACAGCAGCCGAAGGCUCACAGGAUGAUGGGCCUUCUGCAGACAUUCCAGAUAUCUUGGGCAGGCGAAAGUUUAAGUCGCCAUCUUCUGAUCAAGACCCUUCAUAAUGGCUGGAUCCGAAUGGAGUCUCAUUAAAGAGCAAACAGUAUUCAUUACACAAUAACCAAGGCUGAUCUCUGCUUACAUCUCAUUACUGUAUCCUAUCUUAUUUCAUUCAUUCAUAAAAGGUGUCUGCUCUAAUACUAAAUAAUGUUUGAUAAAAGCAAUGAGCAAGCUGAAAAUAACCAAUUGAAGGUCAAGAAAAAACAUGUGCUUAAAGUGAUAGUUCACCCAUAAAAAUGAAACUUCUGUCAUCAUUUUUUCACCCUCUUGUUGAUCAAAACCUGUAUCAACCUGUAGAUACUUUGAAGAAUGUUUCAGCUGGUUUUGCCCAUACAAUGAAAGUCAAUAGCUGC